AUGUCGUCCUCCAGCUCAUCCGACGACGCUGGCGACGACAACCAGCGCUCAGGUGACAGCUCUGCCAACGACAUCGCCGUCCGCGGUGCUGAUCCCUCUCUCCACCGAACAGAGGCUUUGCUCGCGGAGGACUCCCAUACGAGAGACCUCGCUGCCUCUUUCAGCCCGACCACUCCCAUCUUCGUCUCCUCGCCUCUCAAUCCGAACCCUCAUGGCGCCAGCGGGUCACAGGUCGUCCGCGCCCGUCGCGCGUCCAAGGGCAGUCCGCUCAUCCAGCGCGUUGCUUCCGAGGAGUGCCAUGCCCUUGGCUCCCAGCGCGCCUCUGACCAGACCCCCCGCGGCUCCAUGAUCCUCUACCGCCUCGCCAACGACGACCAGGACGAACUCGCCUUUCCUCCCAAGCUCGAUGCCGCCACCCGCUCCUCCGUCAUGUCUUCCUCGGGAGAUUCCGUCUUCACCUUGAGCUAUGACUCCAAGUAUCCCUCGGGCACUAUGGUCACUGGCCUACGUGGGUUCAUUCCUUACGCGUACGAUCCUACAGAGGAUUGCAAGGAUGAACCGGAAGAGGACGACUAUCUGUACGACCCAAAGUAUGGCGACGACACACACUGUUCUGCACUCUCUUGGCGCGGCUUGUGGAACCUCUCAAUGCUUGUCACCCUCCUUCUAGCAAUCCUCACACUCUUUAUAUGCUAUCCCGUCGUUUCAUUCUACCACAAUGAUGACCUCAAAGAGAACGUUAACAGUACGACUGACACGGCGACAAACUCUAGCUCCACCGUAAAGCGCGCCGAUGCAUUCCAAAUGAGACUUCAAAGUGAAUCCCCAGCACAACUCAUCGAUUUUGAUACGCCGCUCUCAUCACACUUCCGCACCGGUUUCGACGGCACGCCCUACGAGCUUGUCUUCUCUGAUGAAUUUUCCGCAGACGGGCGCACCUUUCGCGCGGGCGACGACCCACAUUGGGAGGCCGUUGCGCUGCCGAGAUCCGCCGCAGGGGAGCGAUAUGACCCGCAGCAGGUCGGCACAGCCGGCGGAUAUCUGCACAUCGCGAUGGAGCGGGAGGACGAGGCGGGCUGGCGGAGCGGGAUGCUACAAAGCUGGAACAAGAUGUGUUUCACGGGCGGAUACGUCGAGGUUGCGGUGGCGCUCCCUGGUGCACGAGGAUACGGUGCAUUGCAGUCGCCAAGGGUGUGGACGCUCGGCAACCUCGCGCGCGCCGGAUACUCAGCUAGCUUGGACGGAGUAUGGCCGUAUAGCUACGACGAGUGCGACGUUGGCACCUUUCCGAAUCAGACUUAUAAGAACGGUACCGGGCCCGCCGCGGCGCUGCACAUCAGCGCCAAGGAGGGCGAUCAGCUAUCGCAGCUCCCUGGUCAGCGUCUCUCAGCCUGUACGUGCCCCGGCGAGAAGCAUCCUGGGGAGUCAAAAGAGAAGGUGAGAGGUCGCGGGGCGCCAGAGAUCGACAUCCUGUACGCAGACACGGGGGACGAGAAGGUUGUGCAGAGCGCGCAGUUUGCGCCGCUCGCGAGUGGGCGCCGGCGCACAGGCGGAGAGGGCGAAUUUGUGAUCUACAAUGAGUCCGCUACGCGUGAGAGUGUCUAUCGAGGAUCGCAGUUGCAACAGACCGUUGCGACUUCCACGGAGAUCCCAUCGCGAGCGCUCGCAUCUGACGACUCGGAGCCGCAGUUCAUUACCUUCGGCUUCGAGUAUCAUAGUGAACCCGCGAUCCUGGAGGAGGCAUUCGUUACAUGGCAGGUGGACGGUCGGCCCACGGCGAAGUUGAGCGGGGUGGGCGUCGGUGCAGAUCAAGAUAAGGGCGGGUCGAUGGUCGGCCGUCGGUUGAUUUCGCAGGAGCCUAUGCUGACCACCUUGAUAAUUGGCGGGAGCUCGCGCGUAGGGCAAAUGAACGUCGGGUGCAGCCCGGCGGAGUACCCCACCGCAGAUUACAUCAGCGCCCAUAUGGAGGCGUACUCCAACCCGCACUUGAAGACCUGGUCAGGACCAGGGCCAUUUAGCGCUGGGUAUUCCUGGCCCAGAAAUGAGCUUUAUGAAGGAUCCUGCUAG